AUGGAUGAUGCGUACGCAGUCGUUUGCUAUACUGGGAUACGUGUCGUGGGAUCAUCAAUACGUUAUGUUCAUGGUUGUUUGGAAGAAAGUAUCUGUUAUGCUUUCGCAGCUAAUGACCUUAUACGAGUGAGUGACCGGACAGGUCGAUAUGUCCACGGGGACCAAGGUACGCCUAUCUGUGACGCUUGUUGUAAAGGGGAUCAAUGUAACGCCGCAGAUUGUUACCUGCUCAGAAAGAAUAUGACUAUUUCAAACUUCAUCGAUGGCAAGGCAUCAUCAAUCAUUUCAAGAUAUCCAUUUGGUUAAUUGAUACAGCAACUCUGAGUUUACAUUUAUUGUAAAAUUUAUAACACUUUACC